AUGAGAGCUCUGUGGUCUUCCCCAUCGCAGGACCCAGAGUCUAAAUCAACAACAAACCAGCUCGCUCUAACAGAGCGUCCCAUCCCUGCCCUCACACCGUCGACAAUCCUCGUCAAAGUCAGUGCCAGCGGCGUCAACCCCAGCGAUGUCGCAAAUGCUUUGAUGAACGUAUUCGGCGAGUUUCAACCCAGAAUCCCCGGUCGAGACUUUGCCGGUGUCGUACAUGAAUCCCAAAACCCGGCUUUACCACCCGGAACUGCUGUCUUUGGAACUUCUGGCAAUGCUCUUUCAUUCACAUGCGACGGCACAGCUGCUGAGUAUGUUCUCGUCCCGGAGGAUGCGGUGAUGCCGAAACCUCGGAGCUUGAGCAUGGCGCAGGCUGCUGUUGUCGGGGUUCCAUACACAACGGCACUAUUAGCUCUUGAAGCUACACAUACGCAACGCGCAGACCGAGUGCUGAUUCUAGGCGGAACAGGCGCUGUCGGUACUGCGGCGGCACACAUCGCCCGCUGCUGGGGUUGCAGCGUAGUCACAACGGCACGUCGGGAUGAUGUCGCUGAUAUCAAUAUCAUCAGCGAUCCCAAUCUGCAUGAGAUCAGCAAAUUCUUUGAAAACGGCAAAGCUGACGUAAUAAUCGACACAAUCGGAUCCGCAACGCUGAUGAGCAGAGCUAUGAAGGUUUUAGCCUUAAGGGGGAGAUACUGUGUUUUAGCCGGACCGACGGGACAGGCGCCAAAGUACGAUCUCAGUUUAACGGAUUUAUACCGUAAAAAUCAUACCAUUUGCGGUGUUAAUUCAAUACCACAUCAACCAGCUGAAAUGGCGGAGCGGAUGAAACGUUUGGCCCAUAUGUUCGAUGAAGAUGGAUUGGAGCCGCCAGCUGAAGAUGGAUUGACGUUGGUCCCCAUUGAGAGGGGUGUCGAAGCAUAUAAAGACGCUGCGCAGUCUAAGGGAAGAAAACAUGUUAUUGUAAUUGAUGAUAAUGAAUCUACGCAUUGA